UCUAAAUCACUGUAUUAUUGUUUACCAUUAUAACUAAUAAUAUUAAUUGCGAUUUACACGUUUCGUACUUUCACGCAAAUAAUGGCAGUGAGCUCCCAAAGAAAUCAUUAUUAAGAAUUAACCUAUCAUGUGAAACAUACAGCUCUGGAAAAAAAUAAGAGACCACUUCAGUCUUUGCUAUUUAUAGGUAACUUAUAUGUUUGAGUAAAAUGAACAUUCUUGUUCUAUUCUAUAAAGUACGGACAACAUUUAUUUUUUUAUGUAGCUUGGCAUGUUCUCCUCCACCAGUCUUACACACUGAUUUUGGAUAACAUUAUGCCGCUCCUGGUGCAAUAAUUCAAGCAGUUUAGCUUAGUUUGAUGGCUUGAUGGCAUAAAUCACUGUAUCAGGGGAAAAUUAAGGUAAAAAUAAUUUUUUUAUGUAUUUUUCAAGUUUUUAGUUUAAGUUUAAUAUUUUAUUAUUAACUGCCAUUUUCACUUGUUUAACACUUAAACAAAUAAUGACAGCGAGCUCCGGUUAUUUAAUGCACCCUUAAUCAACAAUUAAUCAAGAAAAACAAGUGAAAACCCCCAAAAAUGUGGGUCAGCGCAUGCGCAGUGUCGUUAGGAAGCACAUAUCGAUGGGUAGCACAACUCGGCAGAACACCCGGCAGUACAAGAGCCCGAUUGUUUGCUUCAUUUACUGACUGUGGAGCUGAGGAGCUGAGCUGCGCACGCGAGCCGCAGCGCUUCUUCAAGGUGACUCGUCAGUCAGUAGAAUGUGGGCCCUGUUUGCUCUGCUGUGCCUCAGCCUGGCAGGGGCACUGCAGCCGGGCAAUCAGGUGGCCCAGCAUGCCAUUAAGCUUCACCGUGGGAAGGGGGCAGCUGCCGCCCAUGGGCACCGUUGGGUGGCAGAAAACUGCCGGCGCCUCUCGGGCCUCUUGCGGCAGAAGAGUGCUGCUGUUAGAAAGCUGGAGGCUGCAGCGGCAGCGGUGCAGCGAGACCGAGCUCUGUCAGACGCUGAGAAGCUCUUUCAGGUGCACACGCUGGAGGUGUUCCAGAAGGAGCUGAACGAGAGCGAACGCUCUGUGUUCCAGGCUGUGCUGGGCCUCCAGCGGGUGAUGAAGGGUGACUUCAGGGACGUGGUGAACAUGAAGGAAAGCAGCCGCCAGAGGCUGGAGGCACUCCGAGAGGCUGCCAUAAAGGAAGAAGAGGAGUAUGUGGAACUGGUUGCAGCUGAAAAGCACCAGCAGGAAGCUCUGAAGGUGGCACAGGACCGCAACAAGACUCUGUCCAUGCUGGAUGAGAUCUUGGAGGACGUCAGGAAGGCUGCCGACCGCCUGGAGGAGGAGAUUGAGGACCAUGUCUUUGACAACAACAAGCAGAUGAAGGGGGUUAAUGUCGAGGCGGUUCUGAGAGUGGAGGAGGAUGAGGAGGACAAUAAAAGGAAGAACAUGUCUCGGCAAGUGGCGGAGGGUGAUCUAGGACUGAGUAUGCUGAUUGACUCCCAGAACAAUCAAUAUGUGCUUACUAAACCCCGCGACUCCACCAUUCCCCGCGCUGACCAUCACUUCAUCAAGGACCUGGUGUCUGUGGUGAUUCUGUCUCUGCCCUGUGGAUGGCUCUGCACUUUAAUGGGAUUGCCUCCAAUGUUUGGCUACAUAGUUUGUGGAGUUCUUUUAGGUCCCUCUGGGCUUAAUAGUAUUAAGUCCAUGGUUCAGGUAGAGACCCUCGGGGAGUUGGGUGUGUUCUUCACUCUUUUUGUGGUUGGUCUUGAGUUCUCACCUGAGAGACUCCACAAGGUCUGGAAGAUCUCUGUCCAGGGCUCCUGCUACCUCAGCCUGUUGAUGGUGGGGGCGGGGCUUCUGUGGGGACAGAUGUUUAGGCUCCAUCCUACUCAGACUGUGUUCAUUUCCAGCUGCUUGUCGCUUUCCAGCACUCCUCUGGUGUCACGAUUCCUUUCAGUUGGGAACAGAGGGGACAAGGACGGGGAACUGGACUACAGUAGCGUCCUGCUGGGAAUGCUGGUGAUGCAAGAUGUUCAGCUGGGCCUGUUCAUCGCCAUCAUGCCCACCCUUAUCCAAGUAGGGAAUGGAGACAUGGACAGUGCGCUGAUGGGAGGCUUACGCGUUCUGGUUCUUCUGGCCCAGGUCUUGGUCUCGUUUGCUGUCGUGCUGCUGCUCUGCUGGCUCCUCAGGUCUCACCUGAUUGGUCCAUUCUACAGGAAGCUGCAUGCUGAGAGUAAAGGGAACAAAGAGAUACUUGUUCUGGGAACCACAGCGUUUGUGUUCUUAAUGCUGACAAUGACAGAAUUCCUGCAUGUUUCAAUGGAGCUCGGCUGUUUCCUUGCUGGAGCCCUCCUCUCCUCACAGGGUCACAUGGUCACCAGUGAAGUCAUGAGCUGUGUGGAGCCAAUUAGAGACUUCCUGGCCAUUAUCUUCUUUGCGUCUAUUGGCUUACACGUGUUCCCAACAUUUGUCCUCUACGAGCUGACCAUCCUACUGGUCCUUACCUUAUCACUGGUGAUAAUGAAGUUUAUCAUGGCAGUGCUGGUGCUCUCUGCCAUCCUGCCGCUCGGCUCCCGGCACAUCCGCUGGCUGGUAUCGGCUGGGCUGGCACAAGUCAGCGAGUUCUCCUUUGUCCUGGGCAGUCGGGCCCGCCGGGCUGGUAUCAUCUCCAGGGAGGUCUAUCUGCUGGUUCUCAGUGUCACCACAUUAAGUCUGUUGUUAGCACCUGUGCUGUGGAGAGCUGCCACUCUUAGAUGCCUCCCUCGACCCGAGAGAAAACCGUCCACCUGACCCUCGCUCAGCACGUUUGCGGUGGCUCUCUCUCCAGUGGUGGAACUUUGUGGUACAAGAAGGCUUAAAGGCAAGGAAGCCUUCAGGUUCUGAUGCACAGAAACUGUUCUAGGGAAGGUGGACAGUAGGUGGCCUUGCUGCUCUGGGAUAAAGCAGUUGUUCUGACAUGUCAGAACCUACUGAGGAGGUUCAAACAAGGGCAAAAUGAAGAAUUUAUAUAUAUAUAUAUAUAUAUAUAUAUAUAUAUAUAUAUAUAUAUAUAUAUAUAUAAGACUUCAGUAUAAAUUGUUGCUAAUAGUGUACAAAGAUGUUUAUUUAUUCUUAUAGAUCUGCAAGCUGUAGUUGUGCUUACACGCAGGGCCGGACUGGCUAUCGGGAGAAACUAAAGAUUUCCUGGAGGCCUGGUCUGGUCUGUCAGCUGGACUGGGCGGCCUGAGUAGCGUCUGUUUCACGGUAUAUCACAGUAUUUUAAUUUUUAAUUUUUAUUUUUUUGCCAUGACUGGUCUUUUAUAUAGGUUUGUGAGUUACUGUACUGUUAAGAGUACAUACACUAUAAAACACCAAGGCUUUAAACUAGGCUUUGAUUAGUAUUGGGUUUACUUGGUCCCACAAAAUUAGACAAUAUAUGAAGAAAUCCGACUUUAUUAUCAGAAAAAUAGCUAAAGAAUGUAAACAAUAGAUCUUAACAAUAGAUACACUAACAAAUUUAACACGGCUCCCCUUUACAAAAUUAAAUAUUUUAAUAAAUAGUUCCAUAAACACUAUUAAUAAACCUAAAAUACUCAAUGUUUAAGUAUUCAAAGAGAUAUUUCUUAAAAGUAAUAUUGCACAAGUUAGACACAAGUUUAACAUAAGUUUACUAUACGUUGUUCCUGAAGCCAUUAGAGACGCUACAAUUCCUUUCUUUCUCCAGUCAAAAAAUACAUUCAAAUCAUCCUUCAAGCUACAGUAUUAAUAUAUUUAAAAGGGCUGUAGUUACUGCUCUAUUUUACUGGGAUAAAAACACUCCUACAGUAGAAACAGCAGCAGGAGCUGUUCUGAUUUCUCUGCAGGACGGAGCUACACCAGCAUUUGACUCUCUUCUCUGACGGUUCUCUUCCACAUGGUGCUCUGCAGCGCCCUCUAGCAGUAUGGCGAUAUGAGAAAAACUCAUACCGGUUCAAGUUCACCCUGCGGUAUACCGAUUGAACUGGUAUACAGCCCAGCACUACUAGAAACUAAACCGCACAGUACUGCUUGUGCAAACUGCCUCUUUAGAAUUCUGUUUCCUUAGUACUGUUUCAUGAAUCAUGGCUUUCUGUCAUGAUUUAGUACGCAAAAACAUAAGUUUGUGCUUAUUAGUUCUUGGCAAGUAAUAGAUAAGAAGAUUCAAGGUGGAGUGGAGAUUAAAAGAAUAAAUAAAAUAAAACAGGUCAGACUGUCAGCCCUAUUAGAACCAUUUCAUUAGUUAAUGUUUUCUUUGGUUAUCUAGCUUAUAGCAGGUUAGUGUGUAGCCUAAAUUCACACAAAUAAAUAAAUAAAUAAAUAAAUAAAUAAAUAUAUUGCCAAAAAUAUUAAUUCACCCAUCCUCCAAACUUCAUGUGGGCUUUAGAUUAGAUCAAGAACUUCACAGAAUGGGUUGCCAUUACUGAGCAGCUGCAUUCAAGCCAUACAUCUCCAAGCGAAGUGCUAAACCUCAGACACAGUGGUGUAAUGCACAUUUGCUACUAGACUCUAGAGGAGUGGAGAUGUAUUCUCUGUCUGGUGAUCUAAUGGACAGUGUAUAGUGCAGUUUCCAAAGUACAGUUUUUCCAACCAGUAUACAGCAUUUUGAGUAUUAUGACUCUUCAGAAGAUUUGUAUUGAUGCUUGUAUUGAUAAAGUCAGAUUUUCAGCUGAGACGAAUUUGCUAAGAAAUCAUAAAUCAGAUUGUUCAUUUUAUUUUAAACCUGCCAUUAUAUAAAACUUGAAUCACCUAAUAUAUUGUACAUUGCAUACAUCCUUUGGUAAAGCUAUAUAGUGCCUGUUACAUCAGGUACAAAUAUAUAAGUAUUCAGCUCUGGAAAAAAAAUUAUAGACCACUUCAGUUUCUGAAUCAGUCUCUCUGAUUUUGCUAUUUACAGGUGAAUGUUUGAGUAAAAUGAACACUGUUGUUUUAUUCUAUAAACUACGGACAACAUUUCUCCCAAAUCCCCCCCCCAAAAAACAUUGUCAUUUAGAGCAUUUAUUUGCACAAAAUAAAUCGCUGAAAUAACAAAAGAUGUAGAGCUUUCAGACUUCAAAUAAUACACUGCUUUUGGAUAACUUUAUGCCACACCUGGUGCAAAAAAUUCAUGCAGUUCAGCUUGGUUUGAUGGCUUGUGAUCAUCCAUCUUCCUCAUGAUUAUAUUCCAGAGGUUAUCAAUUUAGUAAAAUGAAAACAAAAACUCAUCAUUUUUAAGUGGUCUCAUUUCUUUCCAGAGCUGUAUGUAUGUAUACUGCCUGGCCAAAAAUUUGAUUGGACCUUUAGCUUUGAUUGCAGAAGCUUACUGAAGCAAUGCCACAGCAAAUGCAUCCUGCAAUGUCACAAUAUUUAUUUAAAUCCAGUGUUGCAUUAAUCUUUCAGCAUUGAUGAUGGUAGAAUCUAGUGCUGGGCGAUAAAACGAUAACAAUAGUUAUUGAGGAAAAUAUAUAUCGCGAUAACUAUGAUAAGCCGGACGAUAGGAUUCGAUAAACUUUAUUUUUCUAUUUCCCGUUUAAGUAGCGCUGUGAACAGGCACAGCACGCGAUCAGGCAUCGCGCUGAACUGCAUGCUCAGCCCAGAACAGUAAUUUUAAAUGACUUUUAAAAUUAAUUUAAAAGCUGUCUGAGCACCUUGUACCCACCUGGCAAGAUGUGGACAUCCUAGUGUCUGUCCACAAGGCUCUGAGCCUGCUAGUGAUUUUGGCCAUAACUCCCUUAUUCUGUCACUUAUGAGUAAAAAGAAACCUUUAAGUCUAACAGAAAGUGAUUUGAUUUAUAUUGUGAUACAUAUCGAUAUCGGCUGAUAUGAAAAACUAUAUCAUGAUAAGAUUUUUUUCCAUAUCGCCCAGCCCUAGUAGAGUCUGACCGCUGCACAAAGCCUUCUCCACCCAGCAUAUCCCAAAGAUUCUUAAUGAGGUAAAGGUCUGGACUCUGUGGUGAACAAUCCAUGUGUGAAAAUGAUGAUCUCAUGCUCCCUGAAUCACUCUUUCACAAUUCCAGCCCCAUGUAUCCUGGCAUUGUCAUCUUGGAAUUUGCCCGUGCCAUCAGGGAAGAAAAAAUCUGUUGAUGGAUUAACCUGGUCUAUAUUCAGUAUAUUCAGGUAGUCAGCUGACCUCAUUCUUUCAGCACAUACUGUUGCUGAACCUAGACCUGACCAACUGCAGCAUCAACCACACAUCAUUUGCUUAGUUAAAUCCAGGUGAUGACUUUUUUUUUGGCCCGGCAGUGUAUAUAUGUCAAUUGAAAAUAAAUACUUUGCUUAUUUCUUUUUUGCAAAGGUUGAAACAUGGGCAGAAAGAGAGCAUGAAACACCUGUAAGUUCAAGGAGCGCUCCAGGUCCAGCUUAUAUUAGGUCUAAUAAUUGUGAAGGGUAUUUUGUGUAUUGCCUUAAACAUACAGUACAUACAAAAUAUACUAUUAAGGCAGAUACAGUAACUGAAAAUGUGUGUGUGGCCUGAAUGAUUCUCAGCCUGAAGAGCUAUGCCAGUCCGGCCCUGCUCGUGUAAAGAAGCUUAUAUAGACGUGCCUUGAAAUCAGCUGAUGUCCAUAGAUUUACCAAAUAACCUGGUUGAGCAUGUACAUUCACAUCAUCAGUGAUUAACUACGGGCCUGUUUGUCUAGUUUUUCCAGCCUAUGAAAUCUUAAUAGGUUUGUUUGCACAAAUAGGGGUUUGCAUAUUCCUGCUGACUGUUAUUAAGGUCAACUCCGAUAAAAGGGAAGAAGCUGACGAGCCCAUAUUCUAAUGUUUUUGUUUUUGGUACUCAUUCUUACUCAUGAUCUUAUUUUCCAGCCUUUUUUAUACCUUGAAUGUACAAUGAAACAGCCUGUUUUUGUUUAUGUGCCUUUAAGAAGGAUGUAUUCAUAUGACUUAUGUUGUGUUUAUGAUUUUUUUUUUUUAUAUUGUGGAUCAUUCGAUAGCAGUUGCGGUGUAAACACCCCUUGUACAACGCAAACAUCUGUAGUCUUAAUAGGUGGACAUACACUGACAUGCCAUGUCAUAAGACAAGAACUAGUUUUGUGUCCCAUGACUUUUGAGGUUGGGUUCUGAGUAGUCCAGCGGGCUAAGUGCUGCCACUAUGAUCAGGAGAUCGCCAGUACGAAUCCUGUUCAUGUAGCUUGCCAUCGGCUACCGGAGCCUUGAGAGAACACAGUUGGCCUUGCUCUUUCUGGGUGGGUAGAUGGCGCUCUUUCCCCACAUCACUCCAAAGGGUGAUGUGGAUCAGCACAAGGCGUCUGUGAGCUGAAGUAUUGGAACAGAGUCGCUGCGCUUUCCUCCGAGUGCGCUGUGAUGCUAUUCAGCAAUGCAUCAGCAGCAGUUUGAAAACAGGCGGUGGCUGACUUCACAUGUAUCGGAGGAGGCAUGUGCCAGUCUUUACCCUCCUGGUGUUGGGGCAUCACUAGUAUUAGGGGGAUGACCCACUAAUGAGUGGGUUGGGUGAUUGGACGUGUAAAUAAAAAAAAUAAAUAAAAAUAAAUGAAUAAGUUGAACCAUGUUUGACUGCGAUAAACAUUAGCACAGUGGAGGCAUGGUUGUGGGCAUGAAAACGCACCGAUUUCCACACUGCUCCGUGGCAGAAGCAAACUAAUCUGUUGCUGGAGAAACAGCUGAAUCCAAUGGGGGUCAGCGCGACUACCGCGUGCAGUGUGCAAGCACCUUAACACACUAUGAUCCAAUUACAUUCUGCUAUACCAUGAAUUUUGGUAUGUCAGUGUGUGUAAACGCUUGACCUGUUUUUGUGACUUUAUAAAACUGAACUAAAAAUGGGCUGUUAUUCCAUAUUUGGUUGUUAUUUAACUGUUUUAUUUAAGAAGAAAUGAAGGAAUAUUCAUAUAUUUCAGUGAUACGGGUUAUUUCUUUUACAGGAGAGAUGUGAAGGUAUUGUCAGACACAUUCCAAUCCUAUUAUUGUAAUUAUAAGAAUGUGGAAAUGUUUUAUUUUUCAGUGUCAAAUAAAUGAUCUUUGAUUUGUCUGUCUUUGGCUUGCUUAAAUGGCAAGCUAAGCUUUGCACAAUAUAAGGCUUACCUUAAAGUGUAAUGUUUCUUUUGUCAUACUCAUAUUGUAAAUGGUGAACACCUCAAUGAAAAAGGGAAACAAUUAAAUUACUGUUAAAGAUG